CCGCAACUGCGAGCUUCUCCCUCCCUCCCUCCCCCCAUCUCCAUCGGCUGCCCGCCGGCUGCUUCUCCUCCCUCGCCGUGCCCGUGGCCCCUCCCCUCCGGCGGCGACUCGAGGCUCCUCUCCGGCGAAGGUCUUUGAAGGCUAGCUUGAAGGGCACCCUAGGAGAGAAACCUGACCUGGAGGAUGUACAAGGCAAGGAGGCAAGCCUCACUCAAGGUGAGGCGACGAGUCGGCAAGUAUGAGCUCGGGCGCACCAUCGGGGAAGGGACGUUCGCCAAGGUCCGGUUCGCAAAGGACACCGAGUCCGGUGAUCAUGUUGCCAUCAAGAUCCUUGACAAGGCCAAGGUUCAGAAGCACGGGUUGGUCGAACAGAUUAGACGAGAAAUCUGUACGAUGAAGCUGAUACAGCACCCCAAUGUCGUCCGCCUGCAUGAGGUGAUGGGAAGUAAGGCAAGAAUCUUCAUCGUUCUGGAGUAUGUUACGGGUGGAGAGCUCCAUGACAUCAUUGCCGCCCAUGGGAGCCUGAAGGAGGAUGAAGCACGCAGAUACUUUCAGCAAUUGAUCAACGCUGUUGAUUAUUGCCAUAGCAGGGGUGUAUACCACCGAGAUCUGAAGCUAGAGAAUUUAUUGCUUGAUACUGCUGGGAACCUCAAAGUCUCAGACUUUGGCUUGAGUGCGAUAUCUGAGCAGGCGAAGGCUGAUGGGUUACUACAUACUACCUGUGGGACACCGAACUAUGUUGCUCCUGAGGUUAUUGAAGAUAAGGGCUAUGAUGGUGCGUUUGCAGACCUUUGGUCUUGUGGGGUAAUUCUUUUUGUGAUGCUUGCUGGAUAUCUGCCUUUUGAGGAUGACAACGUCUCAGCCCUUUAUAAAAAGAUCUCUGGAGCUCAGUUUACUUGUCCCUCUUGGUUUUCUGAUGGAGCUAAAAGACUGAUUCACAGGAUUCUGGAUCCUAAUCCUUCUACUCGUAUAACUAUCCCUCAACUAUUAAAAGAUCCAUGGUUCAAAAAAGGGUACAAGCCACCUGUUUUUCAUGAGAAAUAUCAAACUAGUUUGGAUGAUGUUGAUGCUGCUUUCGGAGACUCGGAAGAAAAACAAGUUAAGGAGGAAAUGGAAGGGCAGCCAGCUUCGAUGAACGCAUUUGAGUUGAUAUCACUGAAUAAGGGACUGAACCUAGACAAUUUUUUUGAAGCUGAUAAGAAGUACAGAAGAGAAACAAGAUUUACAUCGCAGUGUCCUCCUGAAGAAAUCAUCAGUCGGAUAGAGGAAGCAGCUAAGCCACUUGGGUUUGAUAUCCAAAAGAAUAACUACAAGAUGCGAAUGAAGAACCUAGAAGCAGGAAGAAAAGGAAACCUAAAUGUUGCAACUGAGGUUUUCCAAGUGGCUCCAUCUUUGUUUGUUGUUGAGCUGAAAAAGGCAAAAGGAGAUACUCUGGAAUUUCAGAAGUUCUAUAAAACACUCUCUGCACAGAUAAAGGAUGUUGUUUGGGUUUGCGAGAGUGAGGCUGAAGAAAGAAGCUCCACAUGAGGCAGCUGCAGAGUGUCUUUCUCAGGAAGUAGUAUUUUAGGUUCUCAUGUAUAUAGUUGUCCUUUGUCCCUUCCCUGUAGAUUCGUCCGGUGAUCAAUGUAUAUAGAGCUUUAGGCUGGUUCAUGACUUCAUGGUCUAGAAGCAGAUGAAACAUAUACCAGUAGGUUCAAGUACCUCUCUUUUUUUCCCAUGAAGAAGGAAAGGUUAAAGUUUUGUCGAGUA